UCAGCUUUCAGUUGAGCUUCAACGUUACAACCAAACGGUCGCUUCGGUUUCAAGACACGGCGCUUACUCAACGACGAACAACAUAAAGUUUGUGUGCGUGUGCGUGCGUGCGUGUAUUUCUGCUGGACACAGGCGACAAAGUGAUAAUAAAACAGCAACAACAACUCAGUGUAUUUGGCAUUUCAUGCUCCAAUGAAGGAAAGAAAGUCAACGAAAAGAGAAAUGCAAUAAAUUUAAAUAUUUAAAUAAAUUAAAGAAGGAAAUUCUGAUUGUGAAUUUCAAUAACAAAAUCAAUUUGACUUUAAAGUGUUGCGACACGCAUAUGUGUUAGUGUGUGUGUAUUUAUUGAACAACUGCGCGAAUUGUUGGAAAAGUGAAAUCAUAAAUUUUCGAAAUAUAAGUGAAAACCAUACGAAGCAGCAUUAACAACGCUCACAUUGUCUUUAAAAUUUACAGCUGCGUUUAAAUCAGUUCACAGUAGGCAUUCGUUUAACAUUCUGUGAAGCUUCUUCUAUACAAUUUUCGUGUGAAGUUUAGUGUUAGCUGGCAUAUAACAAUCAAACAAGAUGAUUCUGCGGACUGUGUAUAUUUGCAUUUUUCUUCUGUACUCCUAUCAUUGCCUAGCACAAUCCACAAAUGAGCUUGAUGCAGCACUGCCCGAACCACGUGCUUACAUACCCGAUUCACAGUAUUUGGACUUUGUCUACCAUGAUCAUGAUGAGUUGACCAGAUUUCUGAGAGCGACCAGUGCCCGCUAUCCCAACUUAACAGCACUUUACUCUAUUGGCAAAUCGAUACAAGGGCGCGAUCUCUGGGUUAUGGUGGUAUCUUCCUCACCCUACGAGCAUAUAAUCGGUAAACCGGAUGUGAAAUAUGUGGGCAAUAUCCAUGGCAAUGAGCCGGUGGGUCGUGAGUUGCUACUCCAUCUCAUACAGUAUUUCGUUACCAGCUAUAGUACCGAUCAGUAUGUGAAAUGGCUGCUUGACAAUACACGCAUACACAUCAUGCCAUCCAUGAAUCCGGAUGGUUUUGCGGUUUCUAAGGAGGGCGCAUGUGAUGGUGGGCAGGGCAGAUAUAAUGCCCGAGGUUUCGAUUUGAAUCGCAACUUCCCCGACUAUUUCAAGCAAAAUAAUAAGCGCGGACAGCCCGAAACCGAUGCAGUGAAGGAUUGGAUAUCGAAAAUACAAUUUGUGUUGAGUGGCAGUUUGCAUGGUGGGGCUUUAGUGGCGAGUUACCCCUAUGACAACACGCCAAACUCUAGAAUUUGUCGAUCGUCGGCUUUAUGCGCGAUGUUCCAAACGUACUCGGCGGCUCCGUCACUCACACCGGACGAUGACAUCUUCAAGCAUUUAUCACUCGUCUAUGCGAAGAAUCACGCAAAAAUGUCACGUGGUGUGGCUUGUAAAUCGGCAACGCCCGCCUUUGAGAAUGGCAUUACGAAUGGCGCUGCCUGGUAUCCACUCACCGGUGGCAUGCAGGAUUACAACUACGUUUGGUAUGGUUGCAUGGAGGUGACGUUGGAAAUAUCCUGCUGUAAAUAUCCACCUGCAUAUGAGUUGAAAAAGUACUGGGAGGAUAAUCAGUUGUCCAUGAUCAAAUUUUUGGCUGAGGCUCAUCGUGGUGUGCAAGGAUUCGUGUUGGAUCCCACAGGUACGCCUAUUGAACGCGCCUCGCUGAAGAUUAAAGGACGUGAUGUCGGUUUCCAGACGACAAAGCAUGGCGAGUUCUGGAGAAUAUUGCUGCCCGGUUAUUAUAAAUUAGAGGUCUUUGCCGAGGGCUACGCACCACGUGAGGUGGAAUUCAUUGUUGUCGAACAACAUCCAACCCUGCUAAAUGUCUCAUUGACCCCCUCAAAGCUACUUGCUUCACCACCACCAACAAUAACAACAACUGCGAGAUAUGAUUUAACAACAAUUUGGAGCACUAGUAGUGGUGAUAAAGAUAGAAUAAUAUUUCCUAUUAAUUAAUUACGUUUUAAGUCUUAGAUAGAAGUGUGGGUAAAAAUUUUUGAAAAAAAAUUAAAUAUCUUUUUCUUGUUAAAUCUUCGGUGUAACCAAAAGCGUAAAUAAAUAUAUUUUAAGGUUGAAGAAAACUUAUUUUUAUACUAAGCUAAUCUAGAAUUACUAUAUAUGAGGUCGUACAUUUUAGUCUCAAAAUAUAUUCAAAAACACAAUUUCCAAGCAAAUAGCAACCUAAUGUGGAUGUAGCAUAGCGAAAAUGGCUGAUGGUAUUCAUUGCGUUGCCGUGACUCGAUGCGAUGUUGCAUUAGCAUCCACAAUUCAGUCCGUUUUCGACGGAUGUUCUCACGCAAACGCCUCAAUUAAUAUCUUUAAAGACCGUCUGUUCCACCGGAACAAAUUCAUGAUGCACCAAACCAUAAAUACCGAAAAAAAUAAUGAGCAUCGCUCUGAUUUUUGAGUGGAUUUAGCGUGGUUUUUUUGGUUUCGACUCAUUUUCCCCUCCAUUCCGAUGAUUGUUGUGCUUGUUUGCAUGUUAAAUUCAUAAAAUAGUGUCUCAUCGGCAAUUAUAAUGGUCUCCAUGAAUUUGAGAUUGAUUAAGCCUGUCCAAAAAGACCUGUUUAUGAUACGCUUUUUGAAAAAAAAAAAUAAAAAUUCAACUUUAUCGGGACGAGUCUAGCGUUUCAGACCCAAAUAUCCAAAAAAAUCAUUCGAACGGACUCGCGAAAGAAAGUCAACUCCCUUUCCAUCUCUCUAACACUUGCCCAGAAGAGGCACUUUUUUAAUGUUUUCAUCAGUUGAAGAGCUCGAAGGUCUUCCAGAACGAGACACGUCUUCAACGAUCUCUCGACGGUUUUUAAAAGCUUCGUACCCCUCGUAGUAUUAUGUUUUUGAUAAAACUGAACCAUCGUAAGCAUUUUCCAACAUUCGCAGUGAUUACGCAAACAAAAUUUGGUUAGAAACAAAUUUGAGACAAAAGAUCUAAAUGAGUCCAUGGCGGUUCUUGAUUUGAGGGCUUACAAAAUCCAACUAAUGCGAAAAUUCAAAAAUGAUGCUGUAAUACAGCCCUAAUGUUAAUAUCAAUAAGGAACGCUAUAGAGUCACGUUUAAUUCUUUUUCAAUCCUGAUUUGGUGGAUGUUGACUUGGACGACCUUUGGUUCGAACAAUACGACACUAUUGCAAUACAACCAACGAACAUGCCAUUUAUUGAAUAAAGGUUUUGGUGAGCGCAUUAUCUCGCCUCGUGGGUCUAUGCUGUGACCUUCAAAUGGUGCGAUUUAAGACCGUUGAACUAUUUUUUGUAAGAUUAUGUAAAGACGCUUUUCUGCAUAGAUAAACUCGAGACGAUUGAUGUUUUGCAAGAGAAUAUUCGGGGCGUUCCUGUUGACAUAAACCAAACGUCUAAAAAAAUACUCGAUACAAUAGUUUGCUUGAAAAUGAAGGGUGAUCCGUUUAAAAGGUUCACUACUAUUUUAAUGAAAAAAUACAGAUUCUUCGAAUUUAGUGUAGAAUGUUUAUUAUCAUUUGAAGGAACAUUCUUUGGCAUUUAUUUUAUGAAGAUAAUCUCUUUCAAAUGUUGACUGGGGUUAUGUCUCAGAUAGUCCUGGCCACAGCAAACCGUUAUUUAUUCUUUAUGAAAUGGCAGUUCUUGAAUCUCUUCAGGAAGUUGGCUCUCAAGAUGGGAAAUGGCGCAUUUCCAUGAUAAACAACCCAGCCAAACAAUACUGAACAAAAAUAAAAUCACUACUUGGCACGACUUACGCCGGAUCUGUCAAAAAAAUGCUAUUGACAAAUAACCCUUUGAAUAACCCUUUCUAAAUAUUAUUAGAAGGUCUUUCUUGGGAUUACUCAACCUCAAAUAGUAGAGCUCUAAAAAAUAAGUAGUAAAUAUUUUGCUUGCGAACUGAUUUCUCAAAAAACUAUUAAAAUAAAGUCU